AAUCUACAAACCCUGGACUAUAUAUAGCAGCUGCGUAAUCAGGUUCAGUCCUUCUGUCUCGCGUCGCUCCGUUCCAGCCUUCAUUGCACAAAACCCUCUAGUCGUCGGAGCGAUCCGAGAGAAAUUCUGCAAACAUGUUGGUUUACCAGGACCUCCUCACAGGUGAUGAGCUUCUCUCUGACUCCUUCCGCUACAAAGAAAUUGAGAAUGGAAUGUUGUGGGAAGUUGAGGGAAAGUGGGUUGUUAAAGGAGCAGUUGAUGUAGACAUUGGGGCAAACCCUUCUGCCGAAGGUGGUGAGGACGAGGGUGUUGAUGACUCGGCCGUCAAAGUUGUAGAUAUUGUUGACACCUUUAGACUCCAGGAACAACCUCCUUAUGACAAGAAAACAUUUAUUGCCUUUAUGAAAAAAUUUAUCAAGAAUUUGAGUGGCAAACUUGAAGGAGAGCAACUGGACUUGUUUAAAAAACACAUUGAGGGGGCAACCAAAUACCUGCUCCCUAAGCUUAAAGAUUUUCAAUUUUUUGUUGGGGAGAGCAUGCAUGAUGAUGGUUGCGUGGUCUUAGCCUACUACAAGGACGGCGCCACCGAUCCGACAUUCCUCUACUUUGCAUCUGCCUUGAAGGAGAUUAAGUGCUAAGCGGAUCGAUAUACAAGGGCUUAUUUACCAUCAUUUUAUCCUUUUUAAGUUACUUGGAACUUUGCCUUGGUAAUUUUGAUUUAAUGACUAGACAUAUGGUACUUUCUUAUAUUUUCUAUCAAAUUUAGAUAUUAUGGAUUGUAGUUUCAUUAAUUUAUGAAUUUCGAAUGUCGGUGAGAA